AGUUGCAAUCUUUUUUCUUUUUGCUUUGUGGGUUAUCAUGGUUGUUCUCAACACUUUUUUGGGAUAUUAUCUUAUUUUCUGUGUGUUUGUGUGAUUUUUUUUAUGGUUUAGCUUCUGGUCAAUUUAGUCUAAUUUUUCAUUCUUAAUCUUCGUUGUGCUGUGAAAAAUAUCACAAACUGAAUAACUAUUAAGAUUUAAGACUUUGACCUUUGAGCAUAGCUUAUGCAAAGCAUAGUGCUAAUAACAAGAGAAUUUUUUUCCAUAGCUUCUCACCACAUGAGGUUACAUUGGAAGUGCUUUUCAUUUGAAGCAAUUUGAUUGACAUCAAAAGAUACUUUCUGAUAUAUCAUUUCAGACAUGACCUGUUUCCCUUUCUUAUUCAGUAAAACAUCGUCUUCAUCGAGACAAAAUCCAGACAAUGAUGAAGAUAUUUCAGGCAUUCAUAAUGUUAGAAUCUAUAGCUACAGAGAACUAAGGAAUGCCACUGAUAACUUUAGUCCGGCCAAUAAAAUCGGAGAGGGUGGUUUUGGUCCUGUCUACAAGGGACAACUUAAAGAUGGAAAACUUGCUGCUAUAAAAGUUCUUUCAGCAGAAUCAAAACAAGGAGUGAAGGAGUUCUUGACAGAGAUUAAUGUGAUAUCCGAAAUAGAGCAUGAAAAUUUGGUCAAGUUAUAUGGUUGUUGUGUGGAAAAAGAUAACAGGAUAUUAGUCUACAAUUACCUCGAGAAUAAUAGUCUUGCACAAACUCUUCUAGGUGGAAGUCACAAUAGUAUCCACUUUGAUUGGCGAGCGCGAUGUAAAAUAUGCGUUGGGGUUGCACGUGGACUUGCCUUUCUUCACGAAGAAGUCAGGCCUCUUAUUGUUCAUAGGGAUAUAAAAGCAAGCAAUAUUCUCCUUGACAAAGACCUUACACCCAAGAUUUCCGAUUUUGGCCUUGCAAAGCUUAUUCCAGCGAACGUGACUCAUGUCAGCACACGUGUAGCAGGAACACUAGGUUAUUUGGCACCGGAGUAUGCAAUCGGAGGGAGGCUUACACGAAAAGCAGACAUUUACAGUUUUGGCGUCCUCCUUGUGGAGAUAGUCAGUGGAAGAUGUAACACAAACUCGCGACUGCCAUCCAAUGAACAAUUCAUUCUAGAGAGGGCAUGGGCACUUUACGAGCAAAAUGAAUUAGUUGGGCUGGUAGAUACAUCACUUAACUGGGAAUUCUACGCCGAGCAGGCCUGUAAAUUUCUGAAGAUUGGCCUUCUUUGCACUCAGGAAUCUCCAAAGCACCGGCCGUCCAUGUCUUCUGUGGUCAAGAUGCUCACCGGAGAAAUGAAAGUUGAUGACAGUAGGAUGACAAAACCUGCCUUGAUUUCUGAUUUUAUGGACCUCAAAGUUAGAAAGAAACAAGAAAGUAUAAUUGAUUUGAAGACUACAUCUACAUACAAUACAUCCUCUGCCUCAGAUCACCAGGACACUACCAUUGCAUCAGCUGCAACUACAACCUUUACUACACAAUUUGAUCACAGCAUGUAAACAUCAAUUCAAAAUGCUUCAAUAUCCUUUAACUUUUUAAAAAUUGUUUCAUUUUCUUAGGCUUGUUUGUAUCUCAUGUAAAUUUUGCAAUAUUUCCAUACUUAUUUGAGUUUUUUUUAUUUAUUCUGGCUGUAAAGCUUCAUGACUAGGAAGAUGCUAAAUGCACUGUUGUGUAAAUAUGGACAGGGCUUAUAUUCAAUGAUAAUUUUGAAGAGUUUUUUGUGUGUG